CUUCAAAAUCCAACAACACACUUCACUUUCUAUCUUAAUCUCAAAUCUUCUUCAUCACACUCCUCUCUCAUUCAUCAAGGUUUCAGUCUUUCUGUUCCAAACCCAAAUGGGUCUCUCAAUGAACAAUCAUCCAGCCACAAUAACACCACGACACUACAACAUCCACAAGCUCUUCCUUUUCUGCAACUACGUCCUAUUGGGUGCAGCUUCAAGCUGCAUCUUCCUCACACUCUCACUCCGCUUAAUCCCUUCUGUUUGCGGCUUCUUCUUGAUCCUUCUCCAUAUCUUCACCAUUGCUGGUGCUGUUUCUGGCUGUGCGGCUGUUGGUGCUAACCGUUGGUACUCUGCUCACAUGGUGGCAACUGUUUUAACUGCUAUUUUUCAGGGUUCGGUUUCGGUUCUUGUUUUUACAAGGACCGGUGAUUUUCUUGGGGAGCUGAAGUCUUAUGUUAGAGAGGAAGAUGGUUCUGUGAUCUUGAAGUUGGCUGGUGGACUUGCUAUUUUGAUCUUUUUCUUGGAGUGGGUUGUUUUGACUCUGGCUUUUUUCUUGAAGUAUUAUGCUUCUAUUGAAGGAGGGAAUAAUUCUAGGGCUAUUGUUUUGGGAAGUGCUAAGGUUCAAGAUGAGGAUUUGAAGGAUUGGCCAUGGCCUUUCCAGGUUUAAGUUUCAAGAGUGGUUUGAAAGAGUGGUUUACAAAAGAAGAAACAACACUACUGUGUGAUGUUGUAAUAUGCCUCUUUUUUGUGUUACAGAAAUUCUCUGUUUACUAGUAGUAUAUUUUUUUAUUCAUUGGGGAAUUACUUUCUUUUUUCUUUUCAGAUGGAUGUUGCAUUACAAAAUGGGUACCCUUUUUGUAUUGUAAUUACUAUUUCUAUGUUACCUAUAUUGUACUUGGUUUGUUGCUAUUGGUAAUGAGAAAUCAGUACUAAAUUGUCAAUUUUGUUUUA